UCAAAGGAUCAAGAGCUGUUAAGCAGUAGCUCUGAUACCAUGAAAAGAAAUGGAAUUGGUUGAAUUACUUGUUGUAUCGAUUACAAAGAUAACACAUAUAUUUAAACUAGAGUACAUGCAUAGAGAAGCCAAAAGCAUGGCAGACAAGACUGUCUUGGAGGAUGGACAUUGCCAUGCUUUGUCUAUUGUACUUGGGUGAGAGCACGAGCUGUCUCCUUGUAGUGGGGUUGUCUCCUCAUGUGCUAGUGUAGAGCACAUAUCUUUAUCAGGACCUUUGGUUAACAACCGGCUGUUAUUUGUGGUAUGGGUUCUUGAACAUCGAAUAAACGAGGAUUUCCGCGGGCCUCAAAGUCACCAAAUUGGCACAAGCUUUUGGUUCGCUUUCUCAACCAUGGUUUUUGCACACCGGGAGCGAGUGGUCAGUAACUUGGCUAGGUUCGUAGUGGUCAUAUGGUGUGUGGUAGUCCUUAUAUUGACCCAGAGCUAUACCGCAAGUUUAACUUCAAUGUUGACAAUUCAGCAGCUCCAACCAACUAUUACUGAUAUACACUUGCUCGUGAAGAAUGGACACAGUGUUGGAUAUCAAGAAGGUUCUUUUGUUAAGGCGAUUUUGAUGAAGAAACUAUGGUUCAGGGACGACAAAAUUAAGGUUUAUAAUUCCACUGAAGAUUUGCAUCAACUUUUUCAAAAUGGUAGUGCAAAUGGUGGUAUAACUGCUGCUUUUGAUGAAACUCCUUACAUCAAACUUUUUCUGGCAACUUAUUGCUCAAAAUACAUGAUGCUUGAUCCAACAUUUAAAACUGAUGGUUUUGCCUUUGUCUUCCCAAAAAAUUCACCUCUCACUCGCAAUGUUUCGAGUGAAAUCUUGAAGUUGUAUGAGACAAAUAAACGAAAUUGAUUGAGGAUAAGUGGUUUAACAAGUCAAGUUGUCCAGAGCCAAACAACAACUUCUCUUCCAGAAGUCUUGGCCUUGAAAGCUUUUGGGGUCUCUUCCUCAUUGCUGGGGUUGCUUCAUCAGUAGCUCUACUCAUAUUUUUUUGCCACGUUCUUGUAUGAACAUAAGCACAUCUUAAUGUGCUCAGAUUCGACGGAUUCAUUUUGGACAAGAAUUCUUGUCAUACUAAGAAAAUACGACCUAAAAGACCUCGAAAGCCAUACUUUUAAAAGAGGUACUGGAUUGGAAGAUCACAUCGACAUUGGAGCACAGAGUGUUUAUGAUGAGCACAGAACACCUUCUACUGAGCACGGUCAAUCAUCCCUAGAGAUUGAACCUCAAUCAUCCCUAGAGAUUGAACCUCAACCACUUGGAGAGACUGAACCAGCUACUGAGCUUGCUUCCAGACCAAGGGGAACUCGCUAGAUUGAUC